AACAUUUUCCGAACCUUCCCACUUAUUAUUCCGUUCGCACCACCUUCGUACAGGACACUUAGUACACUUUAGGGCAUUUCGAAAGAAAGGUCGUCAACAUAUGUCGCUCGGGGGAAAGUUAAGGUUACCGAUUCGAAGGUUGGAAGAGUUGCAGUCCGUCUUUUGUUUUUCAGUUUCAUUUCUGGCAACCAGUUCUGGACAAGGACGUUUUUGACCCAGAAUCGGGAUCGGUUUUCGACAGAAAUGUCGAGCACACCAUCUCUGUCUCACGAGACAGCUUGCUGAAGGGUGCGAUCUUUCCCAAAUCGUUUCGGACUGGAAGGAGGAACUCGGACUCGUAAACAGUCUGGAAAGACUGUUGAGGGGAGCGUUGUCGUGGGCUGAAUCGGGCAGUUAAACUGCAGCAGCACUCAGCAGAAAAUAUUUCUGCUGAACACCUAUAUUUACUGAAACAAAAAUGACUAACUACAUCGAAAGAAGAGCAUUUAACAUUAUGGGGAUAUUUGAUGGACUAGAAGAUUAUUUAAACACCGGAGAUCCAGUGGUGCGAAAUUGGUUCCUGGUGAAAAGCAACUUCUGGCCCAUCUUUUUGUGUUCAUCGUAUUUGAUGACAGUCAAAGUGAUUGGUCCUUCCUUUAUGAGGGACCGCAAACCCUUCGAACUCAGGAAGACAAUGAUAGUCUACAAUUUCCUUCUUGUGCUCGCUUACCUCGUUUCUGUCAGCACAGUUCUUUAUUUGAUGAAAGAUACAGACACUGCCGUGCUCUGCAAAGAUACGGUAGUCACAAAAGAAAAUUCUACAUAUACGCUGGCAACGUGCGGUUGGGUGAUAUAUAUGCUGAAAUAUGUAGAAUUCCUUGAUACAAUCUUCUUCGUGUUGAGGAAGAAGGACAAGCUAAUCACCAAUCUUCAUGUGAUACAUCACACCAUUCUUCCUAUUUGUGGAUGGAUCUUCUUCCGAACAGAAAGAAGCGGAUUCCAAGCAUAUCCAAUCAUCAUCAACUCUAUUGUGCACAUUGUGAUGUACAGCUACUACGGUCUAGCGGCCAUGGGACCAAGCGUGAGGAAAUACCUGUGGUGGAAGAGAUAUCUCACCAUUGCUCAAAUGAUUCAGUUUAUUUUGAUCAUUCUCUUCGUCACCGUGGUAAUGCCCGUCACCGGAUGCACAGCAACGAAAAGCACCUUCUGGAUCAACGUGUGUGCCGCAGGAUUAUUCUUCGUUCUCUUUUACAAUUUUUACAAAACAUCUUUCACUCCACAGAAAGCGAAAGAUGACGCCAAAGUUCAAAAUGGAAAUGGUUGCGCCAAAUCCGUCGCCAACGGAGACAGCGUGUCCAAUGGACACUCGAAAGCGAAGUGCAACUAGAAAGACUUCUAUUUUUUGUAGCUAAUGGUGCUCGUCCGUCCAGUUCUGUCUGAGACCCCACAUGUCGCCAAACGCCUGUUUAAAUUCAUUCAGUAGUCACUGAUGAAGAGUGUUUUGUACUCUUGAAAUGUGUAUUCGUCUGAUGUUUGAUGCAUGAUAUGUGCAUGUGUACUCUGGACAAGUCAUACAACUUCAGCUAGCAAAAGUAUAUUUAACGAGAAUCCUAUAGUUAUGAAUCCAAUCAGUGAAUAUUAUAGGAUUCAUACAGGAGUGCCAGAACUUAAAAUUUUUGGGAGGGCAGAAAUUCUCAAUUUUGCCGAAUGGAAUUCCAAACAUCGCCAAAUGCUAACAAUUUUGCCGAAUCAUCAGACAAAAAUUCGAAAUCGGAAAUUUUUGGACGGUCAUUGUGACCUCCCAUCGGGGCGCCCCUUAGGUCGCAGCCACUGUUAAUAUUUGGUGGACGUUUUUCCAGCAGUCUAACCCAAAUCUAUGACAACUUUUAAGUUAUUAUCUCACCCCCCCUCCCCUUCCCCCUCCAGAAAAGAACAUUUCAGUUAUGCUGAAAAAUAUGAGAUCCAUAACAGCUAUUGAUCAUUUCCCAUCCUUAAAAAAAAUUGCUUAACUUUUCUAGGUUUCUGAUUGUGAUCAAAAGUGAAGCUUUCCCAUCACGCAAUGAAAUUAAAGGAUUAUGCAAUUGUGGACAUGUUUUCAUUUAAGUGUUUAAAACAAAUUUCAAAAUUGAUAUCAAUUUCAUCAGUAUUAUUAAUAACGAGAUCAGUAUAUUUUGUUUUAGAAUAUAUACUAUUUUGGUUAAGUCCAUUUUACUUCCCCCGGUUUCUUAAUUA